AUGGAGGCGCAGCAGUCCGCCGGCAUGUCCGAUCUCGCCGCCCGCCUUACCAAGCGACUCGCGGAUCCUUACAGCGACCGCAACCUGGUCUUCUCGCCGCUCUCCAUCUGCGUCGUCCUGGCGCUCCUGGCCGCCGGCGCCCGUGGGAAGACCCUGGAAGAGAUCCUCCGCGCCCUAGGGGCACUGUCCCGCCGCGAGCUUGAGGACUCCGUGGCGCGACUCUUGGACGGCCCCCUCAGGGACAGGUCGUCGGAGCCUGGCGGCAGCGGGCCGAGCGUGGCGUUCGCGUGCGGCGUGUGGAGCGACCUGACGCAGCUGCUGAAGCCGGCCUUCCGCGACGCCGUCGUCGGCAGGUACAGGGCCGAGGCCAGCUCCGUCGACUUCCGCAACGACCUAAAGCAAGCGGUGCGGCAGAUCGACGCUUGGGCCGCGGCGGCCACGGGGAACCUCAUCCAGUCCGCUGUCCCUCCGGGAGCCGUACACCGGAAGACCAGGCUCGUGCUGGCCAACGCCAUCUACUUCAGGGGCAAAUGGGACGUGCCGUUCUACGAGAGCUCGACCAAGAACAGGCCCUUCUACCGGCAGGACGGCAACGCCGUCGACGUCGCCUUCAUGUCCAACUACGACCGUCACUUGAUCGCCGAGCACGACGGGUUCAAGGUGCUCAAGCUACGCUACAAGAGUGGUGCACGGUACAUGUCCAUGUGCAUCUUCCUCCCGGACGCGCGCGACGGCCUGGCGAGCCUUCUGGACAAGAUCACGUCGUCUUCCCCGGCAGGCUUCCUGCGCGAGCACCUGCCGAACAGCAAGGUCUCGACCGGCAAGUUCGGGGUGCCCAAGUUCGAGCUCUCCUUCGACAGCAGCCUCGACGGCGUCCUCAACGACCUGGGGCUCCUGAUAGACGCCGACCUCUCCGAGAUGCUGGAGGACGACGUCCUGGGUCUCCUGCUAGACGCCGACCUCUCGGAGAUGUGUACGAGUCUCAUCUCUUUAGGAACAAAGGCCGCCGCCGUCACCACGGCGUUCGCCUGCAAUCCGACGUUUGCUCCGGACCUGUCACGGCGAGUGGAUUUCGUAGCGGACCACCCGUUUGCCUACUUCAUAGUCGAGGAGGGUUCGCACGCCGUCCUCUUCGCGGGGCACGUCGUCGACCCUGGCAAUGGCGCCGGGGCGGUGAUCCCGUCCCCUCCCCCGUUCCAGGAGUGCACCACAACAAGAAGAGAAGCUGGCGAUGAGAUGAUGAACAAGUAUCCGGCUUAUGGUCCGUCUUAUGCUCCCGUGUCGCCGGUAUACAACCCAGUAUCGCCGGUGUACAGACCAUAUUCGCCGGUGUACAGUCCAACAUCGCCGGUAUAUCAACCGUCCUCUGCACCUUACAGUCCACAAUCGCCGGCGUACAGCCCACAAUCGCCGACAUACAACCCGGCAGUUCUGUUUGGGUGGAACAGCGCCCGUCCAGCCGGGGGAUUAGAUGAUUUACCCCACUUUACAAGGGGUUGGAUGAUUUGCCCUUUGAUUGUCUCAAUGACAGUGGCCCCGGACCCCACCCGGUAG